AUGACCAUCGUUCACAUCGUACUUUUCAAGUUCCGAUGCGAAACGGAGCUCAGCAUCCGCGCGGCCUUUGUCCGAGAACUCAAGUCUCUCAAGAAUCUGGCAUGUGUCAAACACCAACGCCUGAUAGUGGGUGGGCCCUCGAUCACCGAUCCGGCCUCCAAAAGCAAGGGCUUCCACUAUGCGCUGGUGAGUUAUCAUGCCGAUCGGGCCGCGUUGAACCGAUAUCAGGCAAGCUCUGAGCAUGCGAGAGUGACGAGUCAGUAUUUUAUCCCGUACCAAGAGGAUCUUGUGCGCUUCGAUUUUGAAACGGACCCUGAGGAUGAGGAUUUAUUGGGAUUCGGCGGCUGGGCAGGAGGGGUCGAUCGAUGA